CGCCUGCCCUCCUCCCGCACCGCUGCUGCUGGCCGCCCGCCCUCCUCCCGCACGGGUGACUUGAUGCCGCCCGCCCGUGGCCCCUCCGUGCAGGCAUCAGAGCGGGCCACAAGGGGCGCGCGCGGUCGUCCCCUGGCCGGGGUCUCUCGAGGCCGGUGCCCUCCAGGCUGGGGCUCUGACCGCCCACCCGCCCGCUGGCCGACGCCAGUGCUGCUUGCCGGUGUCCAGUGCCCGCCGACGCAUCCACCUGAGAUCCCCAAAGGAUAAGAAUCAGAUCGUCCCAUCUCUGUUGUUCCACAUGGUUCCUCUAGAUUGAUAGUAGAUGCAAAAUGGACUUGUUGGGUCAGGUUUGGACCGAUUUUGGUAUGCAUUGGAUAUGGAUAGUUGAGAACAAUGCUUGUAGAGUAGUGAUUGAUGAUGCUCCUUCUCAACUAUAGAGGAUGGUCGAUCUGUGUACCGGAAGGGCAGACCAUUGUAAUGGUAGGUAGAUUAAGAGGAGUACUCCAUCAUUGAUAUGGAGAAAGAUGUUCGAAAACACUUCAGUUGGGCAAUUUUUCAAGAGGCAAAUUUUUGGUUUGCGGAUCAGAAUGGUCAAACAAGUCACCUUGCUACUGAUCAACAGCUUCUAGCCUUGUUGCAGGCUUCACAAGUUGUGAAGUUCAUCAUGACUAUUGAUAGAUGUGACCAUGGUGAUAUUUCUGUGAAUGUGACUCAAAUGGAGGAUCAAAGCCAAGUGAUAAAUGAUGAUGUGCAGGUGGAGGGAAAUGAGCAGCAAGUUGUGGUCAGUAAUGCAAGGGAUGUGCUACAGGUCUCAUCUUGAGGUGUGAUUGCAGAAUCAAGGCAAAGAAUGGGCAGAGGAACCAGAACUUGGGGUUACAACAGCUGGUCCUAAUAGAAUGGAGGAGGAGGAGAAGGAUCACUAUAUGGAGUGUGGUUUUGACCCUGAGGGAGAUGAUCCAAUUGGAGCUGAUGAAGAAUGGAGACAUUUCAAGAAGCAACAAAAGACACCAGAAGGAGGAAGUAAUGAGAAAGUGCAACAGGAAAAGAAUAAAGUAGAGAAGAAAGGGAAGGUAUAUGAAGGUACAGAUCCUGAUGCUGUACCAAGUGAUGAAGCCACUAUGAUUAGUGAUGCUAUAUAUUUUUCACACACUACAUAUGACAGAGACAACUCUGACAUAAAGGAAGGAUCCACAUUUGCCGACAAAGAUGCAUUCAUGCUGAUUAUCAAACAAUAUGCCAUAAAAAGGGGGUUUCAGACAUUUGUAGAGCAUAGUGAAAAAUCAAGGUAUAGGGCAAGAUGUUCUGAUUCAGAGUGUGAAUGGAAAGUUCAUGCAAAGAAACUUCGUGGCUGCCCUACAUUUAUGAUUGUUUACAUUUCAGAAGUCCAUACAUGUGCUAGCACAAGCCAGGUGAAGGGUAAGGAGGCCACCGAAGUUUGGAUUGCGGACAGGGCAAAAGAGGGACUAGAAGGACUUCAUGGCACUUGGGAGGACAGUUUCAAAAUGUUGUGGAAUUUCAAAGCGGAGUUAGAAGCAACAUGUCCUGGCAGCAUAGUAGAGAUUGAUUGCAAGAAGAAGAAAGAUGGCCGAGUGUACUUCUCUAGGAUGUUUGUUGCUAUCAAAGCAUGUGUUGAUGGAUUCCUUGCUGGAUGCAGGCCGUACCUUGGAGUUGACUCUACUCAUCUCACCGGUAAAUACAAUGGACAGCUAGAUGCAGCAACAACAAUUGAUGGUCAUAAUUGGAUGUAUCGAGUGGCAUAUGUGAUUUUUUAAAAGGAGACAAAGGCUGAUUGGACUUGGUUCUUGAUGCAAUUGAAGAGAGCAAUCGGAACAUGACAUGGACUGACCAUCCACACUGAUGCUUGCAAAGGUUUAGAGGCAGCAGUCCACAAAGUCUUCCAAGAUGAAGUUGAACAUAGAGAGUGUUUUAGACACCUCAUGCAGAAUUUUAGGAAGCAUUUUGAAGGAGAUGUCUUGAAGAACAUGUGGCCAUGUGCUUGGCAUGUACUGCUAGAAGGUAUCAGUGGCUUUGGGACAGAAUUGUAGAGAAUUGUCCAGAAGCAAUUCCUUACUUAGAAGCAGAGCACAAACAGAUCUGGUCACGUGCUAAGUUCUCAGGAGAAUGUAAGUUGACUAUGUCAAUAACAACAUAUCAGAAUGCUUCAACAACUGGAUUAGGGAAACUAAAGGUUUUCCUGUGGAUGCCCUUAUGGACACAAUUAGGGGGAUGAUCAUGGAAAAGAUAGCGAUGAGGCAAUAGAUAGCCGAGAGACUUGAAGGGCCAAUUCUUCCUAGUGUUAUCAAUGAGCUGAAGAUGAAGAGUAGAAACUUGAAGUACAUGAUCAAGGGGAGUGGUGGGCUACAGGCCGAGGUAUCUGGAUUGACUAAGGACAACUAUCCUUGGAGGCAUGCUGUGGAUCUUGAUAUGAAAACAUGCUCAUGUGGUCAGUGGCAGAUUUCUGGUAAACCUUGCACCUAUGCUAUCUUUUUUCAUAGGUUCACUCAGAAGGGUUAAACUAGAGGACAAGUGCAUGAUUACUACUCACUUGAGCGUUUUAAGGCUACAUAUCAGUUUGUGGUAAAUCUAAUGGUUGACAAAUCAGAAUGGCGUGUGGCUAAUCCCGGUUCUGAGAUGUUGCCUCCGAAGCUAGAAAGUAUCAGAUCUAGAGCCACGGAACUGCGCACAUGGUAUACAUAUUUUAGGAUAAGGGAUGGGACAUGGUCCACGCCCUACAUCAGUUGUAACUACUCGUACUGUAGUAGAACUAGUCGGAACAGAAGGAAACUACCCGAGUAGUACUUGGGUAGGACUCCUAAGCUCGUAUUUGGCUAGGAUUUCUAUGGAAUCCUAUCCCCCAGACUAUAUAAGGGCAGGCAGGGACUCCCUAGAAACACAUCAACACCUAAGGCAAUACAAAUCACAACAUAGGAUGUA